GGCACGACUAGGCGCACCGUCCGGCACAGUCCACUCAGAGAUACGACCCAUGCUGGACCAUCGUCGCUCUGGUCCACGCCGGCAUCAGGCAUCCAGCAUCCGCGCGUCAGGCCACCGCACGCCAACACACGCACUCGGACACCAGGACACGCGCUCUGAUCCCGGGACGUGGAUGCGGCACGUUGUCGCUCGUAGCCCCGUGCCAUACCGGAACGACGAGGGACCAACUUUGUCGUCCUGUUACGACGUACGAGGAUCGGUAUACGGCCGGGAUGCUGCUCAAUGCUCGGGUAAAGAAGACUUGUUUUCGUGAAGGGAGACGAUAGAAGUUUCGCGUGUGACGUCUCGCGCGCGCGCGCGCGCGCCCUUUUUUUUUCUCCUUGUUUUCCUCUUUCGGUCGGUUGACUCGAGACGAGAGGAAGAAAGAGAGAGGAAAAAAUAAGAAACGGAAAGGAAAAGAUAGAAAGAGGAACACGGUGUGUGUGUGUGUGUGUGUGUGUGUGUGUGUGCGCGCCACGGGAAGCGUGUUCCCCGCGACCCCCGUCAGUCUGGUGGAGGACAGUUGCCGCGUUCCAAGUUAGAGCAUUAAUUAUUGUUUCUUCGUUUUUCCUUUCCUUUUUUUUUUUUUUUUUUUUUUCCUUUCCUUCCGUUUCUCUGAAUACACUUAUGAAUAUACACUUAUUCCGGGCGAGAACAGGUGAUGAGAGGAGAGGUGAUGAUGAUAAGAGUAUGAUCGCGAGUUCGUGUGACAUUGUGUGACUGUCGAGCAACGCGCGACGGGUCACAGCUGGCCGCGACACUUUGUUGCGGCGACCUGCUCGUCUCUCCUCCGAGGUGAAACUUUAACGUGGAGAGAAAGGGGAGGAGGAGGAGGAAGAGGAGGAAUCGUCUCGGUGGUUGUUUCGUCUUUCUUUGGGAAUCCAAGAAUCGAGAUCCAACGAGAUCACCGUGGCGGUGGUUCAGCGGCCGGCUGAAACGAUCCAGGCCUCGCACCUGUGCACGCGGCGGACAGUCCCCAACAACUACGUUCUGUGUCUACGUUUUCCCUCUGUCCUCGAAGUGUCAACAUAUACGUACACGUUUCGGUUCGGCUUGACUCGCUCUGUGCGCCGUUUACACGUCGAGGUGUGUUACUCGCCUCGUAUAUGUGCCCGUUGACGUGUGUCGUCGUAUCGUCUGGGACUCGCGAACGCGCGGUGCUGAACACCAGCAGAGGAACACGAUGAGGACGAACAUUAGUUGACGAAGAGGUGCGUCCCGGCCGACUGUCAGUUCCGUCGUCGUCGCGGCCAGGUGCACCAGACGAUCGGACGGCAGGUAAACAGGACGAGGAUCGUGAUAAACCGGAAUCCUGUCGAGAUAAACGAUCCGAAUUAGAUAGAAGGAGAGGGAAAAAAUAAGUGCAUCGAGGGGGGUUUCGAGGGUGAGGAUCGAUCUCUGGAGAUUACAUAGAAAGAGAAAGAGGGAAGGAAAGGAAGGAAGGAAGGAAGGAAGUGGAGAAAAAUCGGAAGUAAGUGGAAAAGUUGUUCGAGGUGAAACGAAACAGGUGAAGAAACGUCGGAUGGACUCGUUUAAACGAACCGACACCGCGGGGCGGAGGUGAGGGGGAGGAGGACAGAAGGCGUUGACGAUCGUCGAAUUAACCGUGCUCGAAGGAGGAAAUUCCUUCAAGCGUGGUCCUCGCCUCCCCCUUUUCUGCCACCCCCCUGGAAAAACGUGCGAAAAACGAAGGAAAUAUCCGCGAGAGAGGAGGGAUUCGUCGUGACGAGUAAGAAACACAACAGGGCAUUCGACCACGGAACGAAAUCUCUUCCGUCCUGGACCUUCCAAGAAGGGAAUAAUUUCGUUGAUCGAAGGCGAGGAUAAAUCGUGCGACCCGCCACGAAGAAGAUCGACGAACGUCACCAUGAGGAUCAAAAUGCCCGCGGUCAGGAUCGCGCAAGCGGAAACCUCGCAAGGCACCACAUCCCCAGACACCGUCCAAUGCGGGGCGUGCAGGGUGUCCUACCCCCUUGGCGAGAUCGUUCGGUUCAUCGAGCACAAGGUGAACCACUGUCGGAUCAAUCUUCAAGGUUGCCACAGUCCACCAGCAACCGCUGCGCCGGAAGACUCCGAUCCGGAGGACGCGCUCGCCCUGAAGACCGUCGACCAAGACUCGAAGCUGAACUCGGUGCCCAGCAUCUCGGCGCCCAUUAACAAGAGGGGUGGCGGCAGAUUGGAGAGCCCUCCGACGCCUCAGGGCUCCGGCCCGGAAGCUGGAAGCCCGAUCGAGCUGAAGGCGAGCGCGAGCUCGACACCUAAGAGGCGAACGGAAGCCUCGAACGAGGACAAGGAAGAUCUGCCGAAGAAACAGAAGACGGAGUCUGUCGACGCGGACACCAACACGGUCAAUUUUGAACCCCGAUGGCUCCAAUGCUCGCAAUGCUCCAGGAGGCUGUCCUCUGCCUGGGAGUUGUUGCAGCACGCGCAGAGCGUGCACGGCGCCCGACUCUACACCUCCCCGUCAUCGUCGACGAACUCGUCGUCGAAUACACCGGCGCCGAGUCCGCCGACGCCUACGCCGACCCACACGCACCACCUAAGUCCGCCGAAUCAUCUGAACCUAAGCACCAAGUCCACGGGGAGCUCAUCCGCGGGUAACUCGUCGGGCGGAACGAAUUCGAGCGGAAGCAGCGGACGACAGCAACUGCAAUCCUCCGCUUCUCUGGUCGGCGACCCCCUUCACAGUUUUCUAAGGCUACCUCAACACCUGGAACGAAGCUUCCCGCCCAUGUUCAGGCCCGAUUUCUUGGCCCUGAAUCCGCUGGCGGGGUACAGGGGCCUCCAGGAGCUGCAGACAGCGACCCGGAACCUUCAGAACCUAGGCGAUCCGCUCAGAGGUAUGGACGGCCUAAACCUGGGGGACCCGUUGGUCCGCAGCUCGUUGGAUUCCCUGAACAACGCUCGAAACUUGGCAAACUUGGCCGAAUUGUCGCACGGCCGCGGCCUCGCCGGCCAAGCUCAUCCACCCCCACUCGAGACCAAUCUGGAUUUUUACUCGGCGCGCCUAAGGAGCCUCGCUAAUCCGUCCUUAGGCGCGGCUCCACCCAGUAGCGGAAACUCGACCACAAAUUCCAACCCACCGGCUCCCGUACCGCCUGUACCGGUACCGAGCACCACCGUCCAGCAACAGCAGCAGCAACAGCAACAGCAACAGCAGCAACAGCAGCAGCAGCAAGCACCUACGCAAAAUCACAAUCAAUCCGUGGAACCACCGAGCCCUGCAUCCAACAACCAGACGAUUCUGCCGCUCAAUAAUCAUCAGAAAGAGAACUCGCCACCCUGUUACAGCCAAAGCCCGGUCGGGCACCACAAUAACAACAACUCGACCGACAGCGAGAAAACCAGCCCACCCGUCGCGCUCACGCCGAUCAUCGCCGAUUCCGCGUCGGAGACGAUCUACCUGUGCGAGGUGUGCGACAAGAAGUUCCGCUUCCAAUCGAAUCUCAUCGUGCAUCGGAGAAGUCAUCGGGACAAGGAGAGGCAGUAUCAGCAGGAUAACGCGCAGGAUGGGCAGACGACGCCGGCCAGGUGCGAGGUGUGCGAGAUGGAGGUUCCAAGCUUCGCCGAGUUGAGGAAGCACAUGAGGAAGGAGCAUCAAGAGAACCUGAAUCCGCCCAGCCCCCAGGGCAGCGUCGAGACAGCGCCGGACGACGGUUCAAGUUGCGACGAGAACAUGGAUCUCGACGAGGCUGUGAAGAACGAGCCCAAGGCCGAGAGGGAGGACACGGAGGAGAACAUACCGGAAGAUUUGAGCACGACCCAGGGGCAAAGCGGGGAGGAGAGCGGAGGAAGAGUGGAGCAGAAACCGGUGAGCCUGGUCGGCGAUCUGAUGGAAAAGUUCGGAUUGAGCAACAUUGCCCAGUACUCGGAGGCUUACAGGCAGGCGUUGCAAGAGAAUCACCGAGGCGUUUUCAUCAAGACGGAGCCACCAUCCAAUCUGACCAACUCGCUCAACAACAACAAGGAGAAAGACAGCGCGUUGUCGCCCACGAACUUCAAUUCCUCGACCACGCCCAACAUAUUCUCCGGCCAGGGUUUUCCCAGAUCCUCGGGGCCGGACUUCGGCGGCCUAUGGCUACCCAGCCCCCAUUACCUCGAGAACAACGAGUUUCGAAAAGUGAGCAAGGCCACCACGUCCAAUCUGGCGCUCCAAGGUUUGCCCAGCCCCCUGCUCAAGAAGGAACGGACCGGGAGAAACGACACGUGCGAGUUCUGCGGCAAGGUAUUCAAGAAUUGCUCGAAUCUGACGGUGCACAGGCGGUCCCACACAGGCGAGAAGCCUUACAAGUGCGAGCUGUGUUCGUACGCUUGCGCGCAGAGCUCGAAGCUGACCAGGCACAUGAAGACCCACGGUCGCCACGGCAAGGACACGUACAAGUGUCGUUUCUGCGAGAUGCCUUUCUCGGUCCCGAGCACGUUGGAGAAGCACAUGAGGAAAUGCGUGGUGGUUGUGCAACAGUGUCCCAAACUGGGAAUGCCGUAUCCCGCCAGCCAGGACGAGGACUCCUCGCUGAGCACCAAGGACCCUUGAUCUUGGAACGGAAGCCUACCGCCGAUCCCGCCAUUGUGGCCGCACAGGCCACCUUACCCGGUGUACUGAACAGGGGAUCUUUUUCCUGGGGGAGGAGAUCUUCGCAGGACGCGUCACACGUGUCCAUUACGAUACUCCGGAGGAAUCUUCUUUGGUGAAACGCAUCCAAAGACGCCUCUCAGGAUUAGGAGAGGCGGUAGGUCGAGCUGAAUUAGCAUUGGACAGCAAUGGACCUGGAAAGGGUCGCGAUAAUGAGUAUAAAAUAUGUAUAAAAUACGUGGAAACAACGAGGAAACCCGGGCCUCGAAGGAAGGCCACGACUGGACAUCCUUUCCCAUCACACGAGAGAAAGGAUUCAACGAGAAAAAGGAGAUUUGAAAUUGAAAAGCGAACGAAUGGUUACCACUUUUGCGAGUCUCAGCACAGCUUUUUAAAAUAUAUCCUUAUAAAUAGUUAUAAAUAAAGACGCUAUAAAUAUGAAUAAAUAUAUAUAUAUAUAUAAAGAGUAUAAAUAUAUAAAUAUAUAAAUAUAUAUAUAUAUAAAUAUAAAUAUAAAUAUAAAUUGCGAGAGAGAUAAAAAAAGAGGAGAAUUAUACAGAAUAUAAAUAUUAUACAUAGGAUAAUAUGGAAAUAGUAACUUUAUUAUCGCAUUUGAAGAUUAUUUAUUUAAUAUAACGAUAGAUAUAUAUAUAUAUAUAUACACACACACAUAUAUAUAUAUAUAUAUAUAUAUAUAUAUAUAUAUUAACGCAUACUGUAUAACGUAAUAUAUGUAUAUAUGUGUAAUGGAGAUUGUGCGCGUAUAUAUGUAUGUACAUUACGUUAUAUGAUAUGAAAGAUUUGCAACCACUCUGUAUGUAUGUAUGAUGUUUAGGGGGGGGAAAGUCGAGGAGAUGAUGAGGGCAUCGAGGAGUGAUCGAGAAGGGAAAAUCUUUUUUGUACAUUGCACCGAUGACGUCGCGCCCAUUGAUAUUUCAUGUUGACGUCUCUUUUUGUUUUGUAAAAAAUAAAAAAAAAAAAAAAAAAAGAAAAUGGAAAGGAAAGGAAAAAGAAAAUUUCGAGCUAUUCUUUUCCUCGAGGAGAAGAAUAUCGUUUAUAAACGAUUUCAACGAUAUCCUCUGUGUAUAUAUAUAUAUGAAACGAGAAACAUCGAUAUUCGAAAAACCCUUAAAACCCUCCCCAUCAACCCUUGAAAAACCCCAACCACAACGUUUAUCGAUGAUUAGGAUUCCUAAUUAAGGAGAGUACGAUUGAGAUACGAUUUAAUUGUGUACAGCGUGAUCCGAAUGUGUGCGCUGAGUUUUUUUCUUUUUUUUUUUUUUUAUAGAUUUUUAAGAUCUAUCCUCGAUCCUAUGUAAAAUGUAUCAUAGUACAUUUGCCUAUUAUUAUUAUUAUCUAUUAUUAUUAUUGCUAUUUUUAUUAUUGUCUAUUAUUAAUAUUAUUAUUGUCAUUAUUAUUGUCUAUUAUUAUUAUUAUUAUUAUUAUUGCUAUUAUUAUUAUUAUUAUUAUUCAUUGCCACUAUUAUUAACGCGGUUACAGCUACUGUAAGCGCUGUCUUCAUUAUUUUAUUCCCGCUAUUAUUAUUAAAUUAUUAUCGAGAAAAGAUGUUUUACGUGGUUAAGAAAAUGCCAAAGUUGUUUAGGUUUAUCGGCGCUAUAUUAUUAUGAUCGUCGACUCGAGAUGCCCGUCGAGCGAUUUUACCCUCGAUGCUGUUAUUGUUUUCACGAUGGCGCUGUGUUAAACGGAUUAAAUUAAGCGCCGAUUAUUAUUAACGUUCGAACGGCUGAUCACAAAAAAAUUUAUUUAUUCCAAAGUGUUAUCUUUGGUCAUCGAAUUAAUUCGCAGAAUUUAUUCCAAGUUUCUAAGUAACGUAUAAUAUUUUAUUAUUUUCUUACGUUUCUUAUAAAACGUAUCUAUAAUCUAAAUAUAUCUAAAAAUAUCAAAUAUCUAUCGAGAUAUACGAUUCAAUUUUUCAGAUAAAUGUAAUAAAUCUCUCUAAACAGUACAAAUAUACUAUCCAUGAAUUAUUCUUCUCUUUUUUUUUAAGAUAAGUGAUAAUUAAAUUCUUCGGAAAUAAUAUAAUUCUAAUUUAAUUAGAAUUAGAUUAAUGAGAAUUUACAUCUUAUUUUAGAUGAAGAAUCAAUUGGAUUGUUCCUAAUUCGAUGACUACAGAAUAUAAACGAUAUAUAUGUAAAAAAAAAAAUAAUAAUACAGAGAUAAAUUCAAGGAAUUAUCAGACGAAAAAUGUGAUUAGCUUUUGCAUAAAUUGUUGAAGAGAAAAUCCUCGACGGUUAUUUCCAGUUCACGAAACACGCCGACGCUAUGAUUAUAGCGUAUUUGUUCGUUGGUUAUAUUUAUUGUCGUCGCGGAUGACCGGAUCGCGCGCGGCUUUCGCAGGAUCGAGGCCAUGGAUCGUUGAUCCUGCGAAAAUCGUGGCUUCCACCACAACGUGAUUGCGCCCUAACGACGGUUCGUCAACCGAUUUUCCUUUCUCUUUUCUCCGUUAUUAUUUUCAUAUAGAAAAACCCCAAGACUGAGGUAUUUGCGUUAUUUGUAUACUCGCGCAAUUAUUUUUUUCUUUCUACAUUCUUUCCUUACAUUGAAACAAGCGUACCAAUUUCGUUUCCUAUACGUCCAUUCGAUUUUUUUCUUUUUUUUUUUUGUUUUUCAUUAAACUUUCCCUUGCCUCGUUUUCCAAAAAAAGAAGAAGAAAAAAAAAACGCCUCGUUGUAAACGUUUUCGAAGAGGACUGUUCCUAAAUAAAUAAAUAAAAAAAAAAAGAUGAUCUAGGCAAUAAGAUAAAGUAUAAAUCGGAUGUGUAUGCGUGCGUGUGUGUUCCUCCGUUGAAAUUGUGCGUGCAAGAGAGAUGAUAAAUCGAACGAGAGAUAUUUCACGAUUUUUUCCGAUGAUGUGUGCGUAAAAUAGUGCGAGUGCGAGUAAAAUAAAAAAAAAAAGGAUGGGACUUAAAGGAGAAAAAAAAAAAAUGGAAAAAAACUCAUAUCAAGAUAGUUGUCUCGGUGUUAGACGUGUACGGCCCUAGGUAAAAGGCAAAAUGAAAAUAAAAAAAAAAUGAAAAUCUCGUUAUCUAGUUAAAGAAAAAUAAAAAAAAAAAAAAACGUUUGUUAGAUUGAUUCUGAAAAUACGUACAUGCCAGGCUCCGUUUAUACGAUAUAUUGUAAAUAUAUGGCACUGCCCGUAGCAAAGGAAAAAAAAAAAAAAAUGGGAGACAGAAUACAGGGAGGUGGAGAACCGGGCGGAGAAUAAGGCAGACGAAAAAUAAUCGUCGGUGAACGUGAGAAAUAAUAAAUAAAUAAAUAAAUAAAUAAAAAAAAAAAUCAUCGUAGUAAUAUUAAUUGCAUCAAUCUCUUUCGUAAGCACGAGAACUCGUCGUUUCGUUCAUCGUUUUUUUUCGUUAUGGAAUGGUUCUAUUAUCCAUUUUGAGAGAAAAGAGGAAAAGGAAAGAGAAAUAAAUAAAGGAAGAAAGAGUGGAGGAGGAUAAGAGAGCGUUGGAUCUUUGAACCCCGCAGAAGUAACAUACAGGCACAGAGUAAAAAAUGGUUUAUAGAAAAUUAAAUCCAUGAAACGAUGGCACGAAACAUGUAGUUUGGUUCCAAAGAAAAGUUUCUCUCGUCUUUCUUAUUCGAAUUCAUCCCACAUAGGACCAAGUUCCCUGCCUCACGAAGCGAACAUAGGAAAAAAAAAAAAAAAAA